AUGACCAUAUCCCCAUCCCCCAAGACUGACUGGCAGGCCCUUGUCGCAGCAAAACGCAAACAACUAGACGCCCAAAUCCCAUCGGAAUGGCGCCUCAGCGACGACUUCCGAGCCUCAGUCCCCGCCAAUGGCCAUCUAAUGGAGGUUGACAUUGCUCGCCGAAGCGGCAUUCUCUCUGAUAAAGAGCUAGCCAUCACGGAGAACUUCUCCGCGGUGGAAUUAUUAGAGAACCUUGCCGAGAGAGAGUUUAGUUCGGUAGAUGUCACGACGGCCUUCUGCAAAAGGGCGGCGAUUGCGCAGCAGCUGACUUCAUGUUUAACGGAACAUUUCUUUGUCAAAGCCAUCGAGCGUGCGCAGUUCUUAGAUGAAUACCUGCAAAGAGAGAAGAAGGUAAUAGGUCCGCUUCACGGCCUUCCCAUCAGCAUCAAAGACAGUUUCUGCCUAGAGGGGAUCCAGAGCACUCUUGGAUAUGUCUCGCUUCUGCAGAACGAGCCGGUGUCGCAUAAAUCAGCCCUGGUCGAGAUUCUACUCGACCUUGGGGCAGUCCUUUAUGUGAAGACGAAUAUCCCUCAGACAAUGAUGACAGGUGAUUCCGAAAACAACAUCUUCGGCCGGACCUUAAACCCGCAUAACACGAAUCUAACAGCCGGAGGAUCAAGCGGCGGAGAGGGAGCACUGGUCGCCUUCCGCGGUUCGAUCCUGGGCGUAGGAACCGACAUCGCAGGGUCGAUCCGCAUUCCUUCUCUCUGCUGCGGUGUGUAUGGCUUCAAGCCUACAACCGACCGCAUUCCCUGGGGCGGCCAGGUAGCAGGUUUAGCCAUGGAAGGGAUUCCAGGACUCAAGCCAUCCGCAGGGCCUCUGGCGCAUAGCCUCGCAGAUAUCGAGCUCUUCAUGUCGACGGUGCUUAAGGCUGAACCUUGGAAGUACGAUGUCACUGCGAGUGCAUCACCGUGGCAGGAGCUCCCACUAACACCUGAGUACGGCUCUCAAGACAAGUUAACCAUAGGCAUCCUCCCUGAGAGCAAGGACUUCCCACUACAUCCUCCUGUGCGGAGAGCUCUAGAGUCUGCCAUCAAAUCUCUAUCCCGGCGCGACCUCGCCUACGCAAGCCGCCUAGCAUUCCAAUACUUCAUCUACGGACCGCACAUCGACCACAUCGCGUCUAGCGGGGAGCCGCUCGUGCCAUCGGUGGCUAAAAUGUCUUCGCCGAUGUUCACGGGCCCGUUUCCUGUUGAUAUGGAGCUCCCGCCAUUUGAAAAGAUCAAUGCGCUGCAUACGGCGAGAGAGGAGUAUGCUGAUGCAUGGCGCAGGUGCUGGAUUGGGAACGGGCUGGAUGUUGUCCUUGCGCCUGGGGCGCAGAAUACGGCGGUUCCGCAUGAUACAUUUGGGUGGCCUCCUUAUACGGUUAUUUGGAAUUUACUGGAUUGUCCUGCGUGUAUCAUCCCCUACGGCGAAGCUUCCAAGGAACUUGAUCCUGUCCCCAUGGUUAUUGACGAUGGCGUCCAGCCUAGCUAUGACCCCGAUGCCGUUGACGGAGCUCCCUCUGCCAUCCAGGUAGUAGCUCCACGCUUCCAGGAUGAAAAGUGCCUCCAUGCCGCGCGGAUUAUAGACAAGGCUAUUCGAUGA